AUGCCCAACUUCACAGAUGUGAGAGAAUUUAUUCUUGUGGGGUUGACGCAUCGUCAAGAGCUACGGGUUCUCCUUUUUGUGGUAUUUAUAGUAGUUUACAUCAUCACUCUUUUAGGGAAUAUUGGUAUGAUCAUUUUGAUCAGCAUCAGUCCUCAGCUUCAGAGCCCUAUGUACUUCUUCCUGAGUCAUUUGUCUUUUGUGGAUGUGUGUUUCUCCUCCAAUGUUACCCCUAAAAUGCUGGAAAACUUACUAUCAGACACUAAAACCAUUUCUUACGUGGGGUGUUUGGUGCAGUGCUACUUUUUCAUUGCUCUCGUCCACGUGGAGGUCUACAUCUUGGCAGUGAUGGCCUUUGAUCGCUACAUGGCCAUCUGCAACCCAUUGCUCUACGGCAGUAAGAUGUCCAGGACUGUGUGUGUUCGCCUCAUCUCUGUGCCUUACAUCUAUGGCUUCUCUGUUAGUCUGAUCUGUACACUGUGGACAUACGGCUUGUACUUCUGCGGAAACUUUGAAAUCAACCACUUCUAUUGUGCAGACCCUCCACUCAUAAAGAUUGCUUGUGGGGGAGUACACAUCAAAGAGUACACCAUGAUUGUUAUUGCUGGAAUUAACUUUACCUAUUCCCUCUCAGUGGUCCUCAUCUCCUACACCCUCAUUGUCAUAGCUGUGUUACGCAUGCGCUCCGCUGAUGGGCGGAGGAAGGCUUUUUCCACCUGUGGGUCUCACUUGACAGCUGUUUCCAUGUUUUAUGGGACUCUGAUCUUCAUGUACCUCCGGCGUCCCACAGAGGAGUCUGUGGAGCAGGGGAAGAUGGUGGCUGUGUUCUAUACCACGGUGAUCCCCAUGCUGAACCCCAUGAUCUACAGUCUGAGGAACAAGGAUGUGAAAGAGGCAGUCAACAAGGCAGUCGCCAAAGCAACCCUGGGGCAGUAA